GUUGGCCUUGGAUAGUUCGCUUGCGAAUAAAGAAAUUACACUAAAUACCCAACGUUACGCAAAUCUAUUUUUUGUGCACCGUGAGCAGCUGCGGAAUUGUAAUUGUUUUGGGUAAAUUCACGUGUUACUGUGUUUUCCACCCGUUCGUGUAAUGUCCGUGAAAGUAGUAGCAAACGCAAAGCACAUAUUCUUAUCGAGAAAUCUGGCGCAAUAUCAGCGAAACCCUUUGCUCUAUUCAACAUAUAGGGGCAUUUUUGAUUUUACACCAAUAACGAAAACACGACGUGAAUUUACCCAAAAGAAGCUGGUUGGGUACUCAAUGCAACAGCUUUAUUCCGUGGUUGCUGACGUUGAAAAAUACAACACGUUUGUGCCAUUUUGUAAAAAGUCCCACGUGUACAACCGUAAACCAGGAUCCCUAAAAGCGGACCUUAUCAUCGGAUUCCCACCGCUGAACGAAAGCUACACCUCGACCGUAACGCUCAUUACGCCCACACUCGUCAAGGCAGAGUGUGUUGAUGGUCGGCUGUUCAACUACCUGUUGACGGCCUGGCAGUUUAGCCCGGGGUUAAAGGACAUCCCACAAUCAUGCGUAAUUGAUUUUAUGGUAUCGUUCGAGUUCAAAUCGUUGCUACAUUCGCAGCUUUCGAAUCUGUUUUUCGAUCAGCUCGUUAAGCAGAUGGAAUAUGCCUUCAUUCAAGAAGCCGAGCAAAGGUUCGGUCCACCGGCUAUCAAGAGCCACGUGUUGGUGUCAAACAAAUCAUGACCCAGGAACCUGGCGAAGAAUGGAAAGCCUCGGAAAUUGUAGUUAGCAAAUUAUGUUUAAAAUGUUCCGAAUAGCCGGAUUUGCGGGUUGCCUGCUACUGGCCGGGGACUGUAUUUUUCUGCCCUCCUUCGUAACAGGCCUGCACAGGAUGACCUUACAAGAGGAAUUCCUUCUCGAUAUUGACGCUUAUAUGUUUGUUAUGUUCAUGUUUUGUCUUGAUAACAAUGACUAUAUUUGGUACCAGACGAUCGAAAUGUGUAGAUCAGAUAUCUUCGCACAGUAUAGGCAAAGCAUUUUCGAUAUUCAUUCGUUUACCAAACGAGAGAGCGCAUGUGAAUUGUUGAAAUGUACAUAUUCAUCCAAUUCCAUACGAAUUGUUACUUAUUUAUUUUGAUGCCAAAAGUGAAGCGAAAAGCCGAGUCGAAUCGUUGUUGAUUUGUACAUAUUAUUUAAGAACAAGUGAUAUGAAAACACGCUUCAAAAUCAAUGAAAAA